CGAGAACAAAGUGCCUUCAUAUAUUUGCAUAAAACCACUUCUCCUCUUCCAAGACUAUUAUAUCUCCCACACACACACACACCCCUUUCAAAAGACCAAACGUAAACAAGUUCUCUUUUGUUUUGUUCAUUGAUCAUCAAACAAAAAAGAAAAGAAGAUAAAAACAUCUCUUCUUGGGUUCUCUGCAGAUUUGAGCACCGCUAGUCCAUUUUUGAAGAGGGGGGGAUAAGUUAUAAACAGGAAGUGGUGGCAACAGUUGGCUGUAGGGUCCCCCUUUUAAAUUCCUUUUUGCAUUUCACAGUUAGAUAUUGUCUGCCCUCUUCUGUGAAACAUAAAGAAAACUGCUUCCUUCCCUCCUCUCUUACAUAAAAAUCACUCCCAUUAGGACGUUUCUGGGUUAAACCAAAGAUUUUAGCUUUUCUACCAGAGAUGUCUAGUAAACACGUAUAUUCAUUGUCUGAUGAUAACCGAGAAUUACAAAGACAAAUUGGGUGUAUGAAUGGCAUUUUUAACAUCUUUGACCGACACCACUUCUUCUCCGGCCGACGACAUGGUGGUCGCAACCAGAAAAGAUUGCCGCCGGCAGCUCAAAUUGCCAACCCUGAAUACAAUUCUGUUACUACACCACAGACAGGAAAAGCUACUGGAGAAGAAACUAAGGAACAAGUACUGAAACAUAGGAGAAAUCAAAGAACCUCAUUUGAAUCGCCGCCUCGAACAUCUUUAUCAUCAUCCCUCAGUUCAUCUACCUACUCAUCACUAGAUAACAACAGAACAAACCAAGCAGAACCGUCUCCUUCAAAAACCAUGAUGAACUCCAGAAAUCAGUCAAUUGACCUACGAGAUGUAGUCAAGGAUUCAAUCUACAAAGAGCCACAAAGAUUGGUUGUCAGGAAAACAAACAGAGGUUCAAGCCACACCCUAAAGCAUAUAGAUUCUCCAAGACCAUCUCUACCAUCCAAAUAUGCUCCGAGAUUCUCCUAUGAUGGAAGAGAAUCCAGGGAUAAAUGGACAUCAACCAUGAAGAUCAAAGAGCUACCUAGACUAUCAUUAGAUAGUAAACAAGGUUCAUCCUCCAGGACGAAAUCGAAUUAUAUCUUCGCGGAGGAGAGGAAAGAAAUCGAAGUGGGAAUUCAUAAACGAUCAUCUAGUGUUGUAGCGAAACUUAUGGGGUUGGAAGGACUUUCUGAUUCAGUUUCUUCAGAAAUAGUCCAACCGAUUGAGGUUAAGAGCAGUUACAGACAUGAUGACAAUCUUGAAACAACACCAAGGCCAGCUCCAUGGAAGAAUCAGGAAGGAGUCCGAAACUCACCAAAGCUAGAACUUCAGACAAGGUCCCGUAGCUCACCUCCUUCAGUUUAUGGACAAAUUGAGAAGAGGUUAACUGAUCUCGAGUUCAAAAGUUCUGGGAAGGAUCUUAGAGCUCUUAAGCAGAUACUCGAAGCAAUGGAAAAGACCAGAGAGCGGUUGGAGAUCAAAAAUGAAGAGAAGAAACCCAUUGCCUCAAAGAACAUUGAAUCAUCCUCUAUUGUUGUCAUGAAACCAGCCAUGUUUACUGAGAAAAGAACUUCAGGCCUCAGAAAGAAUAUUUCACCUGUAGACAAAAUUCAAUCUCAUGUCAAAACAACGAAAUCAAUGCAUUCUUCAAGGCUACAUCAGCAGCCACUCCCUAAAAGCCCAACCAGCUGCAGAAGAUCCACAUCACCUGUGAGUCCGAGAAUGUUGCAAUCUCAUGGAGGAAACCAGUCACCUGAAUCAUCCUGCAGGGUUAGGAGGCAACAAUAUAACCAGACAAUUGACCAAAGCUAUUCACCAGGUAGAAAAAUCAAGUUGAAAUCUUUUAAUUCGAAGAAAGGUGAUAAGAGUGCAACGAGAAGUCAACAAGGUGAUGUAGCCUCUGUUCAAUCAGAUAGCAAUAUAAGCAUUGUUUCGCAAAGUGAUACAGAGAUUCAAAGCACUGAUCAUAUGGAGGAGGUCCAUAGCCUAUACAGGCAGAGCAGACAGGAUAUAAGAGAACAGUUGAGGAAAGACACAAUCGAAUUCACCACUAUAGAACAGCCAAGCCCUAUCUCAGUUCUUGAUGCUACAUUCUAUAGAGAAGGCUCGCCGUCUCCUGUGAGGAAGAUAUCAAAUGCUUUUAGAGAUGAUGAAACUCAAAACUCUGAAGAGAUAGAAUGGAACACAGUAGAGUUCGAUAACAUGCUCAAACCAACAGUGUUCACUCAAGAAAAGCUAGAAAAUAUCAACCAGUUGGUUCAUAAGCUGAGAGAACUGAACAACACAAACGGUGAAACUGAGGCAUCAUACAUUGCAUAUAAUUCUAAGGAGCAAAAACCAGAUCACAGUUACAUAACACAGAUAUUGUUAGCAUCAGGUCUGCUCCUCAAAGAUCUACGAUACAGCUCGACUUUCAUGCAGCUUAAACCAUCAGACCAGUUGCUAAACCCUAACCUGUUUCUUGUGCUUGAACAAACCAAAGGUAACAAUAUUCAACAACCUUCAGACAUCAGUGAAAAAAUUCACAGAAAGCUAAUAUUUGAUAUUGUGAAUGAGAUCCUUGUGGAGAAGAUAAGCAGAUUAGAAUAUUCCAAGCCACAGAAAUGUCAAACUGGACAGAAGCUUCUGAAAGAAGUGUGUUCUGAGGUAGACCAUCUUCAAGCUAGGGCAAACUGCAGCUUACUAGAUGAAGAUGACUAUUUCAACAACAUCCUAAGUGAUGAGAUAAUGCGUAAAUCAGAAAAUUGGAUUGAUUUUAGAUCGGAAACUCCUGCAUUAGUGUUGGAUAUUGAACGUCUGAUCUUUAAAGACAUUAUCAACGAGCUUGUGCGAGGUGAGGAAGUUAACAGCAAGUAUUGAAAGCUACUACUAGUAAUUUCCCAGUAAACAUCUUAUUUGAAAGUACUAUCACAUCUUUAUGAUAUCAUUUAUAAGAAAAUCGGCAGAUUGUAUGGAAGCUUUUUUCUUGUUUGUUGUUUCUAGGGUGUGUAAUUCAAGAUGGUAAUGUAUAUACCAAGAAAGUUUAUACA